CUUUAUAGUUGUUCUCUACUUGAGUCUGGCAAUAGUAACAGCCAAUGAGUCAAUUAAGCAAGUCAUAUACCUCUAGGUUAAUGCACAUGCUAUGUUUUUACUGUAAAGCUGUUUCUAUGUCAAAUAAUGAAGGUUUUUUAAGCUCUGAAAAUGUGUUUCGUUUGAUCAAAGUGACGUAAAAAAUGUUGCGACGAAAUAUUAUAAAUGUUCCUCUUCUUUUGAUAAUGUAUUACUGACACAAGCCUAGGUUCAGUCUUUACUUAACAACUCGUUGUAUCUAUCAAGUACUUAAAUUUGGAAUAUAAGACAUUAUUUUUUCCUACCACUUUCCUCUCCAAUAUCCAAGACGGCGCAACACUUCCUUAAUCGACUGACACUGAUCACUUCAUUUCAUGUCUUUUUUCCUAAAAAGACUCGUUUACUCAAAAGCUGCCAAAUUUGCACUUGGAACAACCAUCACAUGUACCAGCGCUUAUGCUUAUGACUCCAACACGGAAGCACAAGUUCUUUCUCGAAAUGUCCGUACAUUAUACAAUGGUAUUGCGCUGGCUGUUGAUUAUAAAUUCAACUUCAAACCACAAAAGUCUGAAGAAGCAGGCUUACAAAUCGAACAACUACAUGAAAGAACAGCUAAUCGUGUCUUUGACACUUUUGAACGUAAUGGUGGCCUCUAUAUUAAAGUUGGGCAAGUCAUUGGCACACAGGCCGCUAUCCUUCCCAUAGCUUAUCAAAAAAGGGCACGCCGACUAUUUGACUCAGCACCUGCUGUACCUUUUGAAUCUGUAGAGCGUAUCUUCAAAGAGGAUUUCGACGGUAAACAUCCUAGCGAAGUUUUUGCAGAGUUCGACGAAACCCCCGUUGCUUCCGCAUCCAUUGCACAAGUACAUAAAGCUAGACUGAAAAAUGGAGAUGUAGUGGCUGUCAAGAUACAAAAACCUGCUAUACAAAAGCAAAUGAACUGGGAUUUACGAGCAUUUCGUCUUUUACUAAAUGUAUACGAACGCAUUUUUGAUUUGCCUUUAACAUGGUCAUGUAAUUAUAUUGAAGAACAUCUACGAAUGGAGACAGACUUUGAAAUAGAAGCAAAUAAUGCGAAAAAAGCAUGGAAGCACAUCCAAGAAGAGCCUUCGCUCAAAGAUAAACUAUAUGUACCGAAGGUUUAUGAUGAAUAUACCUCUAAACGUGUAUUAGUAUGUGAAUGGGUUGAUGCUGUGCAAUUGACCGACAAGGAUACUUUACAAAAGAGCAAUUUGGAUCCUGUAGAAGCUAUGAAGAUUGCUGUAGAAGCGUUUGCUAGUCAAAUAUUCCGUAGUGGAUUCGUACACGGUGAUCCCCAUCCGGGUAAUGUUUUGGUUCGUAAAGGACCCAACAAGAAGAACCCUGUCCAGGUCGUAUUGCUAGAUCACGGACUUUACAUUCAAGAAUCAGAGAAGUUUAGGAAAGAGUAUUGCUUAUUAUGGGAAGCACUCUUCAUGUUGGAUCUUGAAAAAAUCGCCGAUAUAUGUAAAGAAUGGGGUAUCACUGAUCCAAAUAUGUUCGCGUCUAUUACUCUACAACGCCCAUUUACGGGGAAAAAAGCACUUCAUACAGGAGUAAAAAUCGAUAUACAAGAUAUGUACGAAAUGCAACUUCAUAUGAAGGAAAGGAUCAAAACUUUCUUAAAGGAUCAAGCCUUAUUUCCGAGGGAACUGAUUUUUAUCUCUCGGAACAUGAAUAUCGUAAGGGCCAACAAUAAAGCCAUGAAUAGUCCAGUGAAUAGAAUCAACAUCAUGGCAAGAUGGGCUGUCAGGGGCAUAUCAAGAGGAGAGGGAAGCUUAUCUAGUUGGCGAUCUUUUGUGUUCGAAUGUACACUCUUCUUUAUGAGCCUUAGCUUCUGGUUAGUUCGUUUAAAAGAUGCAACGAAUAGAUAUUUAUUUGGUUCAAAGGCAAGAGGUUUAGAAGAUAUACUAGACGAAACGAUGAAGGAGAAAAUGUACGAGCAAUUUGGAGUUAGAAUAGAUCCCUCUGCUUUUGAUGCCUAAGUAAAAUAAAUUUGUAUUUAUAUAGUCGAUAUCAUUAUGUAGAUAUAAUUCUGAAUUUGAAUAAAUCAGACACCAAAACACCAAAGGCUUGAUGGGCAUGUCAUGGAAGGGAAGCCGACGGUUUCGGGGAAUUCGAAUAUUUUUCGCCGAACCGCACCGGACAUUGUGACUCCUGCAUUUGGUUUUUUUUUGGGUCUUUAAAUAAUACCUUGCAAUUAGAAAGUGUUGUGUUCCCUCCCUAAUUUCUAUCCACUAAAAGGUAAACCAUAUACACUCAUUGAAGUGCUAAUCCAUCCAUCCAUUAUACUAAAUGAAGUUUAUUC